ACCAUGCUAGAAAAACUGAAACGACUUUACAACAAAGAUGAUUUCGACUAUUCAACUGGGCAGGUUCACCCAUACAAGUUUCAUCCGACGUUUUAUUUUAUUUUGAAAGCGUUUACUGUAAUAGACGAACCGAUACCGAAAUGGAGUUACUUGUCUCUCGCGGUAAACGUAUUCGACGCAUCAGUGGCCGUUGUUUUUGCGGCCAUCUCAACUUUUCAUGGCAUUGCCUUACUCGAUAUCUCAAUCACGACCGAGGCUGGCGUGUAUUGUAUCGUGCUCAUGUACAAGUGCCUGAUUCUUACCUGCACACAACUUGAUAAGAAACACUAUCAUUGUUUCUUGAGGGUUCUGAGAGAGGAUUUCCGAUAUGUGUGUACUGAAGGAGUUAAGUACAGGGAGAGAUUCUUCCAAAACCAACUGGAAACAUGGAAAGUAUCCCUAUGCUCCGUAAUAUUCACGUUCGGUAUAGCAGUUGGCAUGGUUUCCUUCGCUCUGGUGUCCCUCCUUUUCUACUUCAUGACGAGAACCCCUGGCGACGGCAGCCAGAGACCGUUACUAGUUCCCUUUUGGUUCUAUGACCUCGACUUUGGAAAAACGCCUAUUUAUGAAAUAGCCUUGAACUUUUCCAAUUUCUGCUUUGUAAUGUAUGCGUACAACUAUGUUUUUAUGAUUCAAACCCAAGUGGUAUGGGUGAGGCAAAUCGCAACAAAAGCCGAUUUGGUGAUUUGGGCUAUCCAAGAUCUUUUGCAGGACGUCCACCCGGCCACCAGCGAAGAAGAGAAAGUGCACUACGCACAGCUAAUUAAAUACAGGAUGAGGGAAAUUGUCUCGCAACAUCACUCCAUGUACACUUUGAUGGAGGCUUACGCUGGUGUUUACAAGAAAUUAUUAAUGUUUGAGCAAAAACUUUGUGGCCCUGUGGUCUGCUUGACAGCCUACUGUACCGCCGAGAAAUUGGACGAGGGGGAAUUCAAUGCUAUACUAGUAUUGCUUUGUGUUGCAACAGUCACGUUAGUGUUCAUUCCGUGCUAUUUGUGCACCUUUCUGGGAUUAAAAGUGAAAUCAAUAAGUGAUGCUUGCUGGAACAUUUCGUUUUGGAAUGCGGGCCGUGAGAUACGGCCAUACUUGGUCCUUAUCAUGCAGCGAUCAUUGCGCCCACUCCCGCUCCAAGCCCCUGGCUUUGAAGAAAUUUCUAUACAAACAUUUUCUACAAAAAUGACUAAUGCUUAUUCAUUAUUCAACAUGCUACGACAGACCAGCAUAUAG